AUGUCCAAACCCACUAAGUACCUCCUCGUGUCCUUCCCCACCUCCAUCACCCCGUCUCACCACCGCGACGACGCUCUCGAUGCUGUCUCCGCCACGGUCGCCCCAGAAAAUGGAUCGGUCGCCCCAUUCCCUAUUCCCGAGUUCAAGAUCGGUACAUUAGACGCCUUGGUGCAGCAGGCCGAUGAGCUGGCCAAACUCGAGACCGCCUGCCAGGUUGUUGUGUCUAAGGUCGGCGAUGCGCUGAAGAAUAUCUUGGAGGGUGAUGAAGCGCAAAUCAGCAAGAUGAAGGCUGUUAAUGAUAAGCCGGUGGAUCAGUACCUGCGGACCUUUACGUGGAACAAAGUCAAGUAUAGGGCCGAUAAGUCUUUGGGUGAGCUUAUCGACCUUCUCCAGAAGGAAGCUGCCAGUAUCGACAAUGACAUCAGGUCGAAGUACUCCCAGUACAAUCAAGUCAAGACCACCCUGGCCACUCUUCAACGGAAGCAAACAGGUAACCUAGCCACCAAGUCCCUCGCAUCGGUUGUCGACCCCCGCAGUGUAGUCCAGAAUUCGGAAUACCUCGAGACACAUCUCGUCGCCGUCCCGGCUCAACAGGUCAAAGAGUUCCUCAAGACGUACGAAACCGUUUCGCCCAUGGUAGUUCCUCGCUCUGCGACGUUUGUCGCUUCGGAUGACGAAUUCACACUAUAUGCUGUCACGACCUUCAAGAAACACAGCCUGGAGUUUGUCCACAAGGCCCGUGAGCACAAGUGGAUUCCCCGUGAAUUCAAGUAUGUGGAAGGUGGAAAGGAAGAGGAGCGCAGGGAAGUCGAGCGCGUAGGAGGCGACGAGCGCAAGCUAUGGGGAGAGACACUGCGGCUCGGACGGACAGCCUGGAGCGAGGCCGUCAUGGUCUGGAUCCAUGUUCUCGUUCUCCGUGUGUUUGUUGAGACUGUACUACGCUACGGUCUUCCUCUUGACUUCGUUUGCACUCUUAUCAGGACACCGGGUUCCAAGCAAGCUGACAAGGCGAAACACAACCUGGAUGAGAAGUACUCUUACCUCGCCGGGAAUGCGUUCGGACGGGACAAGAAGGGUCGGGUCAAGAAAGACGACCCGAGCGAAGUACACGAGGGAGGCGGCGAGUACACAGCAUAUGUGUACUAUGAGUUCGAGCUCAAUUAG